UGAAGAUGGCCGCCGCUAACAUGGCGAAAGAAGGUUUUCAAACCCAGUUCGCCUCUGUUAUGGAGAAGGUGCUGAAGACGGCAGUCAUGGAGACAACGCAACUUUUCGAAACAACUAUUGAGGAGCUGCGAUCCGAAAUAUGCAGAAUAAACGAAGAGAACGAGGACCUCAAAUCGAGGAUUCGAACACCUGAAAAUGCGAAGAAAUCGACGGGUGAAAGUGAAAGACAAACCGCAGAGCCUGGACCGAGUCAAAGAACAACCUCACAUAUCGGCAAACGUGACAUUGGUGUCCAAUGUGUUCUGACAGUGCAAGCUUUGCCUCGGUCUGCGGAACAGCACCUGCGCGAGGAGGACCAGUGGACGGAGCUGCACCGUGGGGCCUAUGACAAGGAGGACAACCCACAGAUGGCCUUCGUACUGAUCAAACAGGAGGUGGACUGGGAGGCAGACUAUUCUGAUGACUACUCCCCUGGGUACAUACUGCUGAAGCAGGAGGGGGGAGAUCCCCCGACUCUGGUCCGCAGACAACCUCUCAGAGAGUUACCAGGCAGAGCCCUGGGCCCACCUGGAGCCGUCAGGGCCAUGGUCAACCGUUACACCCAGGAAAGGCCUCCCACCACCCAGUCUACCUCAGCAGAGCCCCCCCUCCAGGGAGAUCCAGACACCCAGGAGGUCCCCCAGGCUCUCAGCCCAUCCCAGCCCAGGACCAGAGAGGUUACCAGUGGCAGUGCAGGCCAGGACCCUGGAGCAGAACAGCAGUCACUGGUAAUACCAGCAGCAGAGCCUCCAUCAACAUUACACCAGACAGCAUCUCCUCAAUCAGCAGCCACUAUCCAGUCUACAUCAACUGUCCUGUCUGCUGUAAUGGCCCAGUCCACGGUAACUAGUCUGUCAAAAGAAACUGUCCAAACGACCACAGCGGUCCAGUCGACCGUAGCGGUGAAAUCGACAGCAGCAUUGUCAGAGCGCCCGCCACCUGUCCUCUCCGGGUUACCCAGAACCCCUCUUCAGGAUACACAGCCCAGCCCCGUACCCCCUCGUCCUCCUCGAUCAUCACCAUCACAGUCUCACACAGACGUUCUACCUGUAGCUCGUCUAAUAUCAGUGCCCUCAAUACAACCACCUAGGCCUACAGCUGUACCUGAUGGACCACCGGCCGCACCACCAACACAACUGCAACCGCCUACAGUUUUGGAGAAGACGGGUGUUGCCACGGCAACUCCGCCAACACCGGUCCAGUCCGCUCAGUUGCUGACUUUGUCGGAAGAACUUGCCGGCCCCCCUGAGAAGCAGGUGUCCUUGGUCACUGAGCAUGUGCAACCCUCCCCCACUCUGCCAUCACUGAAGUCCCCUGUUGUCCCAGAGAGGACGUCUGAUGAAGCCCCUGUACAGCUGUCAGCCCCUGCUGUAACCACACCCUCUGGCCCCUGUCAGAUGUUUAACACACAGUUUUUAGCUCAGUUGUCAGUAGCACCCCUAGUACGCUCCCCACCGAGGGUGGAGGAAAAAGAGGAGGAGGAAGAUGAGGGGGAGAGGCUUUCCCCCCUCCCUGCCACAUCUACGGAAGCUGUGAUGACCAGGUCUGUUGCUACGGAGACGACCCCCGUCGGUGAGAAAAAGGAGGAGAUUGUUGUCCAGGUAGGAGGUGGUAGAAAGUCGAGUCGACGCGAAUCACUCCUCUCUGGUCUCCGCCUCCGCUUAAGGCCCCGCCCCCAGGACAGUACUCCAUCUCCAGUGGUUGCUAAGAAACCCAGAGGAGAGAGAACCGCCCCUAUAGACCAUGACUACUCAAAGGUGAUGCAGAACAGAGGAGAAAUGUACAGGGAAUCACACGUUGACCAGGAUGUAGUAGAUGACACCGCUAACGGUGAGAUGGCUGACGACAAGUCUAGUGGACAAGGAAGUAGUAACCACAUCAUCAGUGAGGAAGAGGGAGGAGCUAACACUGAUGUGACCUCUCUGACCAGACAAUCACCUAUUGUUGGAGGUGUGUCCAAAUCCAAGAAGAGAAGCAUGACCUGGGUGCAGGCUCAGAGAGGUUUGGCCCUAGCCCAGGCUAAGAGGAGUAGGUCAAAGGUCACUAAGACCUCACAGCGAGGUCAGAGGUCAGAGCUUAUAGGUCUGGUCACACAGACACCGUUUCUGCCUUCCACCCCACAGCGCCGCCGGUCGUACAGCCCCAGCCCUCAUGCUGCGUCUACCUCAAGCCUCAGCCCACGCCGCACCAGCCCGCGUUGCACCAGCCCUCACGGUGCCCCCAGCCCACACCAGGCUACGGGGGCGAAUGUGAACCCUUCUCCUGCCACCCCUCCUCACCCACAGCCUCACCAGUUCAAGGUAAUUUCUGCCUCUCCUCGUCGCGGCAGACCUCGUUCGGCGGCCGCGGCGGUAUUGAAUUUGAAACGUUCUCCCUCCACCCCUCAACCUAUCCCCUUCAUUGUCACCGUCAGCCCUCACUCCGGAUUCAAAAAGUCCCCCCCAUGCACGCUGACAUUCCAGCAGGCGCAGCGGUAUCGCAAGUCACAAGCGAUGUGGUCGCCGCCAGGACCGUUCCAGCUCCAACAGUCUCCCAAGUCUCCACGGAAACGUUUUACCAAGAACCAGUGUGCAGACUGCGGUCGUGUCCUGAGCAGCGCCGCUGCUUUAGAGAGUCACGCCUCCCUCCACACGGGGAAGCGCCCGUUCGCCUGCUCCACCUGCGGCAAGGACUUCCCCAACCUCAAGGGCCUCAACCGCCACGCCCGCGUCCACGGUGAACAGCGUGGCCACCAGUGUCUGAAGUGCGACAAGACCUUUGUCUACCGCUUCGGCCUGACCAAGCACGAGCAGAUGGUCCACAGCGGCGUGCGCCCGUUCAUCUGCCCGAUCUGUGACAAACGCUUCGUCAUCCGGCGUGACAUGGAGACACAUCUCCGCGUUCACACUGGAGAGAAACCGUUUGCCUGCUCCCUCUGUGUGAAGCGCUUCAAGAGGCGUGUGGAGCUGAAUGUUCACCUGAGGUGGCACAACGGGGAGAAGAGACACUGGUGCUCGUACUGCGGGAAGGGCUUUCUGGAUUACAAUAAUCUGAAGAGGCACAAAUUUGUCCACACUGGGGAGAAACCUUACACCUGCACUGAGUGUGGCAAGCACUUCAAACAGACUGGCCAUCUGAAGAAACACCUGAAGACAAUACACAAAGACAGAUAGAGGGCAGAGUACGAGUCUUAAAUGACAUCCUAUUCCCUAUAUAGUGCACUACUUUGGACUAGAAAUAUAGCACUAUAUAGGGAAUAGGGUGUCUGAUGGUGAUGAGGGAAUAGUUCUCUCUGUUUGCUGUGAAUUUGCUUUUUGUUUGAGAGAAUGUAGUAAAAUGUUAAAGAAAAAUUUUGAAUUUCAAUUGAGUUGAUUAAUUUAAUUAAAACUAAUUCUGGUU